CUCUUAGAUCUGUAGAUUACUGUGUUAGGUAUCGACACCGUACUUCUGUACCGUAAUUGUUAAAAUGCGUAUCACUGUUGACUUUUUGUUUGUUUGUUCAUUAUUGCUUCAUUGCAUAUUGUGCACAACAUCGGCAAAAGAAGCAAAGAAGGAAGCUAAAAAGAAAGAUCCAAGAGAUUACACUGAUGCAGACAUAUAUAAACUUGAGGAGGAGUGGACGGAAGAUGGAGACAUUGACGAAGGAGAUCUUCCAGAACAUUUGAGAAAAGCGGAACCUGUGGAUUUUAGCAAGCUAAACACAGAAGACCCAGAAAGUGUAAUCAAGAUGACAAAACGACACAAAACUUUAAUGAUGUUUGCGACAGUAUCUGGUGAUCCAUCGCAAGAUGAAACAGAAGAUAUUACCACUUUGUGGCAAAACUCACUGUAUAACGCAAAUAUUGAAAUUACAAGAUUUGUCAUCAGUCCAAAUCGUAUUUUAAUCAAGCUGGUUGAUGGAUCAUAUGCUUAUGAGAUUAAAGAUUUUUUAGUUCAACAAGAACGAUGUGAAUCGGUUACUAUUGAGGGAAAGACUUAUCCAGGAAAAGGAUCUCCUGAUUACAAGCAAGAAAAGCCAAAAAAAGAUAAGAAGAGUGAAAAAAAGAAAGAAAAAUCCAAAGAUGAAAAGAAACAAAAGAAAAAGAAAGGAGAAAAGAGCAAAAAGGAAAGUAAGAAAAUGAACAAGGAAGAAUUGUGAUAUUGUCCAUUCCUUAUAACGAUACAUUAUGGUGUUUUUGUACUAUUUUCUUUGAAAUUUUUAUAUUUGCCAAUAGUGUCUAUUAGUCAAUGAAAUAUUGUUCCAUCACA